UCCACUUCUCACUUGGCAGUAGUUACUGCAAGUCCUGGCAAACCAUCACAUUUUUUUGUGAAGCCUCUGUCUAUUGGGGAGAAGAAAAUAAAAUUUGCAGAGGUAAGCUGUAAAUAUGUAAGAACUGUCUACCUUACACAAUUAUGUUUGCUUCAUAUAUUUAAUUUUUUUAUCUUUAGGGUUCUCUUGGUCUAAUGAAUAAAACUAAAUUCGUGGUCAGCCCCUUGAAGACUAAGGUAAGCAGUGUCUCACAACAAUGAAUGGAGUGACAUGACCUACCUUAGUGCAUAUUAUCUUGUUUUUGAAGGAAGUAGUAAAACGUGGAGCACUAUGUGAUGAUUUGGGGUGUGCACCUCUUCCAUUGGUAAGUUAUACUUCAUUGCAGAUAUUUCCAGUACAUAUUAAUUUUUGUUCUAAAUUAUCACUGUAUUAAUUGUCUGCUCUAGGAUGAAACUGACACCUGUUUGCGAAAAGAUUAUGUCAGCAAUAUAAGAAUUCUGAAACGAAGGAAGCCACUACCUAAUGUAAUUUCUGUAUUAUGGAUAGCAAGUUAGUAGUCUUUUUAAAAUUAUGUUGGAUGAUAUUUGUCUUUCUUUUUUGUAGACAUCCUCAAGUCAAUCAUCAAAUGAUUAUUUUAUCCAAUCUCAAACAUUUAGGGAUAUAAUAGAUGAUGGUUCACCAUGUAAAAAAAAAAGCAAAAGUUAGCCCAAUGAUGAUUAAAAGACAACGGAAACAAGUCCCAAAGUCUUCCUCAAGCCAAUCAUCAAACGAAUAUCACAUCCUAUCAUCAAAAAAUAGAUUAGAUUGUUCACCAAGUAAAAGGAUGCUUACGCCCCUGAAAAUAACGUGGCAGAAAAGGACAUUACCAAAGGUAAAAUAUGUGACAGUUUACAAAAUUGCUGCACCAUUUAACCUGCUACUCACCAUUCACCUGAACUUGCUUUUCCUAUCUGUAGACUUCCUCGAGUCAGUCUUCUAAUGACUACCAGAUUCAAUCUCAAGUCAAUGCGAUAAUGAGGCCAGAUGGUGUAUCAAGAAAAUGUACUGUUAGUCCAUUGAAAAUUAAAUGGCAACAGAGAUUGAUCCCAACGACUUUGCCUGUACGUCAAACCACAAGUUGUCCUGAUCCCCAGACACAGUCACCAACAAGCCAGAGCUCAAUGCGGGCAGUUGGAGAAUCAUAUUUUCAACAUGUGAUGUGAAUUUGAAACCAUUGCCGUUCAAAAUAUUUACAUCCGAUGCAGUUGACAACAAUGUUUUGUAUGACUUGGGCACAGAGGGAAAAGCAAAUGAUAGUUUUCCCAGCAAUUCAUCUAGUUUUGUCAUAGACAAGACACCACCACUACUGCCAAAUUCUCGUAAUGAUUGAACAAGAUAUUCACAUCACAUGGCUUGCCUCUCUCAAAAACUGGAGGAUCUAAAUUAAAAUUUUGGCCAAUUUUGGGAAAAUUAAAAGAAAGUGAAAAUGAGCCAUUUAUAAUUGCUUUGUAUUGUGGUGAGUCUGAUCCACGAGACAUUGAUAUGUUUUUAGGUGAUUUGACCAUUGAAUUAAAUGACUUGCACACCAAUGGUUACAAUCAUAAUGGAGAAAUCUAUCCGUUUGAAGUGGAAAAUUUUAUUCUUGAUGCCCCUGCAAGAUCUUUAGUGAAGUGUUGUGUGAGCCAUGGUGGGUAUGGUGCAUGUGAAAAGUGUACUGUAAGGGGGGUUUAUGCUGAAGAUAGAAUGAAUUAUGCCCUUGUUGGUCCUGAGGUCCAACCCCGGACUGACCAGUCCUUUGCCAAUCAAGAAGACAGAGUCCACCACUGUGGUCACUCUCCUCUCCAAAUGGUAAAUGGAAUCGGGUUAGUCUCAAGUUUUAGACUGGACACUAUGCAUCUCCUGUACAAAGGUGCAUUUUCAAGACUUCUUGAUGUUUUGUUCACAUGGGAAGGGCCUUGGAAUUUUACUGCUGAGAACAUUCUUGCUGUCACUGAGAAACUGCUGGGAUUUGUGGUGUCAUGUCCAGGAGACUUUAACAGAAAACCGAGAAAAAUAGAAGAGUAUUACAAAUACAAGGCCACAGAGUUAAGAAGAUUUCUCUUGUAUGAUGGUGUUGUGGCAUUCAAGAACCAAAUGCAAGACAACAUCUACAACUUAUUCUGCCUUCUUCACUGUGCCAUUUACAUUCUUGCCAGUCAACAUUUAUUGCCAAAUUUUAUUGAUCAAGCUGAAUUGUUUUUAAAACAUUUUGUACAAUAUUCUGCUCAGGUGUUUGGCAAUCAUUUUGUCGUGUACAAUGUGCAUUCCCUAACUCACUUGGUCGAUGAAUGUCGUAUGCAUGGUGUGGUUGAAAAUUUUUCUGCUUUUUGUUACGAGAAUCACUUAAAAACUAUCAAGGAAACUUUAAGGUCAGGAUAUCUGCCAUUAGAGCAAAUAGUGAAGAGAGAUUCUGAGAGGGGUAAUAAUAGACAAGUAAAAUUGAAAUCAAAUGACAACUCUGUACAACUGUUCAAGCAGCACAUUGAUCCCUUGGAACAAGAAAAUGGUCAUCAAUAUCAGAAAAUUCUUGUGAACAGUGUUGUUUUCAAGCUGGGAGAGAAAAAUGGUUGUUUUAUCACUACUGAUCGGAGAGUUGCCAUCCUCAAAAAUAUUAUUUGUAGAAAUGAAAACAGUGUACUUUUUAUUGGCAACUGUUUUGCCAACACUGAAGACUUGUACAAUUAUCCUUUAAACUCAUCUCAGCUUGGAAUUUUCAAAGUUGGGGGUCUGAGCUUAGUAAGGGAGGCUUUUCCACUUGAAAAUAUACUUGGAAAAUGCUGGUUGUUAAAAGAUGGUGAUAGUCUUGUGUCCAUUCCCCUUGUUCACUCCACUCCCCUCCUUCAUUAA